UGCCAUGGACUCUGCCCAGUAAUAUUGACAAAAGAGUGAAUAGAGAUGUCCCCAAAUUAAACACUGUCUACAGAAAUAUAACAAAAAAAAAGAGGUGUGGUGUAAACAAGUUAUAAUUUUUUUCUUCUCAUAAAUAGGGAAUGUGAUUGACUCCACUUAAUCUUUUUAUACGUCUAUUUUGUUAUUAAUGGGACUCGGAGGAUUAUUUCGUUAGAAGGUAAAUAGGCACUCGUUGGUUUGUCUGUCUAAAAAAAAAAAGCCAAAAUAGCCUUCCUGCUGGUUUGCCGCUACUUGGAGAGGCUACUCUUACAUGAUUGGAAGCAUUUUAGUUUAAUAUUGUGUAAUAGAGGAUAACAACUUGCCACCGUAUUCGUUCCGGACAACAGAGGAUCAAGCAGGGCUAUGUCCUCGGCAGCAACCACACCUCCAUCUGUGGACAAAGUGGACGGAUUUUCACGGAAGUCUGUCAGGAAGGCCAAGCAGAAGCGAUCGCAGAGUUCGUCCCAAUUCCGGUCUCAGGGCAAACCCAUCGAGCUCACGCCCCUGCCCCUGCUCAAGGACGUGCCAGCGCCGGAGCAGCCGGAGCUGUUCCUGAAGAAGCUGCAACAGUGCUGUACUGUUUUUGACUUCAUGGACACGCUGUCUGACCUAAAGAUGAAAGAGUACAAGCGCUCCACGCUCAACGAACUGGUGGACUAUGUCACCGUCAGCAGGGGCUACCUGACAGAACAGGCCUACCCGGAGGUUGUCAAAAUGGUGUCUUACAACAUAUUCCGGACCCUUCCGCCCACCGACAGUAAUGAGUUUGACCCAGAGGAGGAUGAACCCACACUCGAGGCCGCAUGGCCGCACUUACAGCUGGUGUAUGAGUUCUUCAUACGAUUCUUGGAGAGCCAAGAAUUCCAGCCCAGCAUUGCCAAAAAGUACAUAGACCAGAAAUUUGUUCUACAGCUCUUGGAGCUAUUUGACAGUGAGGAUCCUCGGGAGAGAGACUACCUGAAAACAGUCUUACACAGAAUCUAUGGGAAAUUCCUGGGGCUGAGGGCUUUUAUACGAAAACAGAUCAAUAAUAUUUUUCUACGUUUUGUUUAUGAGACUGAGCACUUUAACGGGGUUGCUGAGUUACUGGAGAUCUUGGGAAGCAUAAUCAAUGGUUUUGCCCUGCCGCUCAAAGCAGAGCACAAACAGUUUCUGGUCAAAGUGUUGAUCCCCCUCCACACUGUCAGGAGUCUGUCCCUCUUCCACGCACAGUUGGCGUAUUGCAUUGUACAGUUCCUAGAGAAAGACCCAGCGUUAACAGAACCAGUCAUCAGGGGCUUACUGAAGUUCUGGCCAAAAACCUGCAGUCAAAAAGAGGUUAUGUACCUGGGGGAGCUGGAGGAGAUCCUAGACGUGAUUGAACCGACACAGUUCGUCAAGAUCCAGGAGACGCUUUUCAAACAGAUCUCCAGAUGCGUAUCCAGCCCACACUUCCAGGUGGCAGAGAGGGCCCUGUACUACUGGAACAAUGAGUACAUCAUGAGUCUGAUUGAGGAGAACUCCAGCGUUAUCUUACCCAUCAUGUUCGCCAGCCUGUACAGGAUCUCCAAAGAACACUGGAACCCGGCGAUAGUGGCGUUGGUGUACAACGUACUGAAAGCCUUCAUGGAGAUGAACAGUACCUUGUUUGAUGAGCUCACAGCUACUUACAAAUCAGACCGCCAGCGUGAGAAGAAGAAGGAGAAGGAGAGGGAGGAGCUUUGGAAGAAGUUAGAGGACCUGGAGCUGAAGAGGAGCCUUAGGCGUGACGGGAUAAUUCCCACUUAACGAAGCGCCACGCUCCUCUCCCAUCCAUGUCCACCGGAGCACGCCCCGUGGAUCCUGUAUGGCCAUCUGGAACGGCAUGGAGCGACCGUGUUUUUUGUUGUUGUUUUUUUUCUGUAUUGUGCGACUUACUUUAUGGUAGAUUCACAUGUUGUUUCAUUAUUUCAACAGCACUGUAAAUAACUUUUAUCCUUAAACUGCUAUUAUUGCGAAAUAAAAAUUGUAUAAAAAAAACGCGAUAAGGAACUUGUGUGGGGGUAAAAAUAUACUUUGGACAUUAAGACUUGAAAUGAACAGCAAAGUUAAAACAAUCUGUUAACUUCCCUCCUAUUUGAGAACCCUACCCACUGUCCUUGAAUACAAACCCAUUUUCCAUCUCUGGUUCUACUCUUUGCUCUUUCUCUCUCCUCUCUGUCCCUCUCACACUUUGGUGCUUCUGUACCUCUCUCCCUUUUGUGGGACUGAAUGAGAUACCUGGGAGGCCCCGCCCUGACCAAGAGGGCACCCCUUCUCUCUGUAAGGACCACCCUCUGACCCCUCCUGACCUGACUCAUGCUGAAGCCAUGCUGGUAUUAUAUUAUAUGGACCCAUUAGCCAUGAGGAAAUGAAUUUAACCCCUCGUCCCUCUCAACCCCUCCUCCAAGAGGCGAACAUGUUAAGGUCCUGUAUGUACAGGGACUAAAAUUUAAAAAACAAGGGAAGAUCUCCAUACACAUACUUACAUUCAUUCUCUCGCACCAUUUUUCUCCCCACUUCCACAUUUGUUUCUUUUCACUUGUGUGUGUGUGUGUCUCCCCAAUGAUUGAUUGGUUUCUGUCAGUUCAGUUUACUCUUUGGUUUUGUGGACUUUGACCCUGCAGUACCAGGUAGCCUGGUAUCAGUCUGGUACUGGUACCCUCCAGCCACAGAGAAAAUAGGAUAAAAAAACGAUUGCGAGCUAUAGAGGAGCACCAAACUCGCCUAUUGUGAAAAGGAGUGUCACUCCCGAGUGUGCUUUACACAGUAUUACAAACCUGUAUAUUGUUAUUAAACGCAGUACACUGAUAUAUUGUAUCUUGUAGUAAUUUUGCAUCUAUUUUUGCUUAGGAACAGCCAAGAAGUAUUCUGUAUAUGAGUUAAUAUGGAACAAGACUAUCUGGUAUUUAUGAUUAGUUUUCUCUGUUUCCUUCUUGGUUUUUAAUCUCUCAUUUGGGGAUUUUUAUUGUUUCUUUGACCAUCAGAUAUUUUUAUUGUGGAGUGGAAGAGGGAAUGGCAGAGAGGCAAGGCUUGGCCCAGUUCAUAUCCCGUUUAAAUUUACAUUAAGUUCAGCAUUGUUGCCCCCUUAAAGAAUUUGUGCUUUAGGGUGGCCCAGAUAUAAUAUGAAUGAAAAUAAGAAAAAAGGGGUUGAAGAAAUACACGUUUAUUUAAAAAAUAAUAAUACAAAUUAAACCUGAUUUGUGAUGAAA